UCAUUCGAAUCAAACACAUGUGUACUAGCGGUACGAGCAUAUUGGAAGCUUUAAUUUGAAACACGGAUCUAAUUGACAGUUGUGAAGAUGGUUCGCCUAACCUCAGUACCAGCUACCUGCUCACAGUCCCAGAUUGCGGCCAGAAAGACAUUGAAGCUGCACAUCAAGAGAAUCAGGGAUCGGGAAUAUUCCAAGCUCCGCGCACUUGUUCCAUCAGUCGCUGAUAAGAAGAAGGUCUCCAAGGUGGAGGUCAUUGAAGAAGCAGUACGUUAUAUCGAGGAACUCCAAGAUGCCCUUCUCGAGAGAUUUCGACAAAAACAUGGCUCACACGGAGACGAGUUAGCUGAGGAGACCAUGAGGAACUUCGUAAGGCAGCUGAUGCCUGUAUCUCCAACAUCUUCACCCCUUGUGAACUUUGAGAAGCGCCAGAGCAGACCUAGUUUCCUGCUCAUGAAGAGAAGAAAAGGCUCACACUAGGAGCUAUUUCGCCUGUAUAUACAAAAAAGCCUGACUGUGAUAUGCUGAUGGUGCUAACGAAGCAAGGAUCUUGCUCAACUUCAACUCGACACACAUGUUCAAGACAGACAGAUAUACAGACAGACGACAUAUCUCAUCCUACAUCUCCCAUCCAUCAUCGCCUCGUCAAGGUCAUGAGGUCAGGGGUCACUGCAGCCAUGAUGUUACUCAACGCGAACCAUGAUCAACAUGUCAUUUCAAUUCAUAGCUUAACCGGAAGAGAAUACUAGACUGGGCUCUGUCCAAUCAUAAUACCUGCACAUCAGUGGCGGUCUUAUUCCGGGAUCUGAUUGUUGGCUGAAACCCCCACCCCAUCGCACAAGCCAUGGUUGUCUUACAAACGACGGACUCACAAACACACUUCUAUUUUGUCACCAUCCCUGGGGCACGAACCCGGAAGUACGACUGGACUGCGUUUGAAGAGUGAUUUUAAGUGAUUCUUUCAGCUCCAUCGACAUUUUCAUUGUAUAUGAGUAAACAGCGUGAUUAAAACACCUGUUUGAGGAAACCGCGGCUUCACUACCUUAAACUGUCAAUACAAUACAAAUAUAUAUAUUACGUCUCUUGUUAUGUAAUUGUUAAUCUACACUCUGUUGACUAUGUUAAGUUGGUGUCUUCUGUACUAUAUGAACAAGUUGGACCUUGCACUCCGCGUUUAUUAUGAUUUCAUGUUGUCACACUGACUGCUAUUCCGUUUGUUUUGAUAUUGUACCUGCUGUGUUCUUAAUAAAUUGUUUAUAUAUCUGAAA